AUGACGAAUUCUGAAUCCAAAUUGAGGUUUAAGCUUUUGAUUGACACCAAGGCUCGCAAGGUACUAUUUGCAGAGGCUGAAAAGGAUUGUGUUGAUUUCCUCUUUCACAUUCUCUCGUUGCCUGUGGCCACUGUCGUUAGGCUUCUUAAGGAGAAAGGAAUGAGUUAUGGAUGCUUGCCUAACCUCUAUGACAGCGUAGAAAAUAUGAACGAUACCUUUAUUCAGUCAAAGGAUAUCCUUUUAAAACCCAAGUCUUCAGUUUGGAACUCUCCCGUUCCUUUUCUAUCGCUUAAUGACGUUCCAACGACACAGAAGGCUUUUUAUGGCUGUUCCAACACUCGUACCCACUCCACUGUUUCUGACGACACUAGCGCAAGAUGUAUAACUUGUCAGUAUCCUAUGUCAAGAAAGUUGAUGUAUGUUGCUCCACAGGGAGUGAAGGAAUCUGUGGCAGCAACAGGGGGUUUUGUGAAGGAGGUGGUAACCUACAUGGUGAUGGAUGAUUUGGUGGUUAAGCCUAUGUCCACCAUCUCCAGCAUUACCCUUCUCAACAAAUUUAAUGUCAAGGAUGUUGGUGUCCUGCAGGAGGAAGUUGUUAAUUUUGGAAUGGAAGAGGCGCUGAAGUUGCUGAAGGCGUCAUUCGAGUCGAAAAUAGUCCUGACAAAUGUUUUCAUGAGCUUCAUAAAAGUUGAGAAAUACUCGUAA